CCUGGGCUACUUCCCCUGCGGCAACACCACCAGAUGCCUGCCGCAGCUGCUCCACUGCAAUGGCGUGGACGACUGCGGGAACCAGCAGGACGAGGACAACUGCGGUGACAACAAUGGAUGGUCUACGCAACUUGACAAAUAUUUUGCCAAUUACUACAAAAUGACUUCCUGGUAUCCCUUUGUGACAGAAACAUCUGAAUGUUCUUUUUGUUUCUUUCUUUUCAUUACCCUACUGUUCCUGGUCUCUCAUCAUCCCCAUUCCUUACUGCUUCCUCCUUAUUCAGUGGUCGGUUCUGUGCCCAUGCAAUGUCUUUGCCGAGGUUUAGAGCUUGAUUGUGAUGAAACCAAUUUACGAGCUGUUCCAUCAGUUUCUUCAAAUGUGACUUUAAUGUCACUCAAGUGGAACUUAAUAAGAAAACUUCCUCCUGAUGGCUUUAAGAAGUACCAUGAUCUUCAGAAGCUGUGCCUGCAAAACAAUAAGAUUAGAUCCGUAUCUGUCUAUGCUUUCCGAGGACUCUACAGUCUUACUAAACUGUAUCUCAGUCAUAACAGAAUAACCUUCUUGAAGCCGGGUGUUUUUGAAGAUCUCCACAGACUAGAGUGGCUAGUAAUUGAAGAGAAUCAUCUCAGUCGAAUUUCCCCACUAACAUUUUACGGACUAAAUUCUCUUAUUCUCCUAGCACUGAUGAAUAACGUUCUUACCCGCUUGCCUGACAAACCUCUUUGUCAGCACAUGCCCAGGCUGCACUGGCUGGACUUUGAAGGCAACCAUAUCCAUAAUUUAAGGAAUUUGACUUUUAUUUCCUGCAGUAAUUUAACUGUUUUGGUAAUGAGGAAAAACAAAAUUAAUCACCUCGGUGAAAAUACGUUUGCACCGCUCCAGAAACUAGAUGAAUUGGAUUUAGGAAGUAAUAAGAUUGAAAAUCUUUCACCACUUGUCUUUAAGGAUCUGAAGGAGCUCUCACAGUUGAAUCUUUCCUAUAACCCAAUCCAGAAAAUUCAAGCAAACCAAUUUGAUUACCUUGUCAAACUCAAGUCUCUCAGCCUAGAAGGAAUUGAAAUUUCAAAUAUCCAACAAAGGAUGUUUAGACCUCUCACGAAUCUCUCUCACAUCUAUUUUAAGAAGUUCCAGUACUGUGGUUAUGCACCGCAUGUUCGCAGCUGUAAACCAAACACUGAUGGAAUCUCAUCUUUAGAGGAUCUCUUGGCGAGCAUUAUUCAGAGAGUAUUUGUCUGGGUUGUGUCUGCAGUUACGUGCUUUGGAAACAUCUUUGUCAUCUGUAUGCGACCUUAUAUCAGAUCUGAGAACAAGCUGCAUGCCAUGUCAAUCAUUUCCCUCUGCUGUGCCGACUGCCUGAUGGGAAUCUAUUUGUUUCUGAUCGGAGCCUUUGACCUGAAGUUUCGAGGAGAAUACAACAAGCACGCACAGCUGUGGAUGGAGAGUAUUCAUUGCCAGCUUCUGGGGUCCCUGGCCAUUCUGUCCACAGAAGUAUCAGUGUUACUUUUAACAUUUCUGACAGUGGAAAAAUAUAUCUGUAUUGUAUAUCCUUUCAGAUGUUUAAGACCUGGAAAAUGCAGAACCAUUACAGUUUUGAUUCUCAUUUGGAUUAUCGGUUUUAUCGUGGCUUUCAUUCCACUGAGCAAUAAGGAAUUUUUCAAAAACUACUACGGCACCAACGGGGUAUGCUUCCCUCUUCAUUCAGAAGGUACAGAAAGUAUUGGAGCCCAGAUUUAUUCAGUGGCAAUUUUUCUCGGUAUUAACUUAGCAGCAUUUAUCAUCAUAGUUUUUUCAUAUGGAAGCAUGUUUUACAGCAUCCAUCAAAGUGCCAUAACAGCAACCAAAGUACGGAAUCAAGUUAGGAAAGAGAUGAUCCUUGCCAAACGUUUUUUCUUUAUUGUAUUUACUGAUGCAUUGUGCUGGAUACCCAUCUUUAUACUGAAAUUUCUCUCAUUGCUUCAGGUAGAAAUACCAGGUACCAUAACGUCUUGGGUAGUGAUUUUUAUUCUGCCUAUCAACAGUGCUUUGAACCCAAUUCUCUAUACUCUGACCACAAGACCAUUCAAAGAAAUGAUCCAUCAGUUUUGGUAUAACUACAGACAGAGAAGAUCUAUUGACAGCAAAGGAAGUCAGAAGACAUAUGCUCCAUCGUUCAUCUGGGUAGAAAUGUGGCCCCUGCAGGAGAUGCCUUCUGAGCUAAUGAAGCCAGCUCUUUUCACAGACCCCUGUGAAUUAUCACUCAUUUCUCAAUCAACUAGACUCAAUUCCUAUUCAUAACCGACUGAAACCUAUUUCUACACAGAGAAUACUGUGGGAUGCUUCAUGAUGGA